AUGACUGACUUGGACGUUGCAGGCGCAGUGCAGUGCGACUGCAGUAAGCUCAGGAUCAGGCAGGGUGAGCAGCCACCUAAGGCUGAGCAGGUGAGACCCAGUGCUGCUCCCAGCAGCUCAGUUCAGGUUAGCAGCGGUGGAGUCACUGCUGACUCUGGUCAGAGAACAGGUACUCUGAUGCCUGUGGUUCCACUGUUGGUGCCGGAUGAGGUGAGGAAGCCUGAGGGCGACGGGCCGUGCGCUCUGCGCACCCGCCUCGGGUGGUACGUGAUUGGACCCUCCCAUCGGUCGGCUCGUGAUCCUGUGGGUCAGCACUCUGUGAACCGGAUCGGCGUUUCGCGUUCCGACAUUCCUGGUAAGGUCUCUGAGGCUGAUCUGUUCGUUCAGCUGUACGAUCAGGAUUUCAAGGACGCAGCUGAUGAGACUGAGAGUUUGUCCGUGGAGGACAAGGAGUGGCGACUGUUUGAUGAGGGCUACGCUGAGGUGGUCCCCGAUGCUGAGGUUGAGACUGGGGAAAGGGUUUGGUAUUUGCCGCACCACGGUGUUAGGCAUCCAGAGAAGAAGAAACUAAGGGUGGUUUUUGAUUGUUCUGCAAAAACUGACGGCCUGUGUCUGAACGAUCUGCUGAUCAAGGGACCCAACCUCACCAACUCACUUGUUGGGGUGCUGCUUCGAUUCCGCCUGAAUCCUGUGGCGUUCACGUGUGACGUGGAGUCGAUGUUUCACAGGGUUCGACUGCCUGCUGCUGAUGCGAACAUGAUGCGUUUCCUGUGGUUCAGGAACGGCGAUGUCGGCGGUGACGUGGUGGUCUGCCGCAUGAAAUCGCACAUCUUCGGCGCGGUGUCUUCUCCCAGCGUCGCAGGGUUUGCACUGAGGCAGUGCGCUGAAGAAGGUAAGGCCGAGCAUCCAGAGGCUGCUAGGAUUGUUGAUCAAAAUGUCUAUGUAGACGAUGCACUGGUAUCGGCUUCAUCAGUGGACGAGGCUGUUCGUUUGGCCAGCGAUUUGAGACAGUUAUGUCAGACAGGCGCAUUUAACAUGCGCAAGUUCACGAGUAACAGCACAGAGUUCCUUCGGAGUAUUCCGCGUGAGGACAGGGGCAACAACGCGAAGGAUCUUGACCUCCAGGCAGAGUCGUUGAAGCCGGAGCGUGCUCUGGGCAUGCUGUGGUCGGUUGAGGAUGACACGUUCCGGUUCCGCUUCGUUGACAGGCGCAGACCAGUGACGAGACGAGGCAUCUUGUCCACAGUCAGUGCCUUGUUCGACCCGCUAGGCAUCGUCGCGCCAGUCACCUUGCAGGGCAAGGUCUUGGUCCAGAAGCUGUGCAUGAUGUCCUGUGGCUGGGACGACGCCAUUCCGGCGCCCUUGGUGGACGAGUGGUCUGAGUGGUUGGCGCAGGCCAACCGCCUCGAUGCGGUCAGCCUGGACCGAUGUUUCGGGGCUGCUUCUGGUGAGGCUGCUCGUCAGCUUCACGUCUUCUCGGACGCCAGUGAGACUGGUCACUCAGCAGUGGCGUUCCUGAGAACGGAGACGCCGACAGACGACGGUGGUGUCGUGUGUACCGUGCGCUUUGUUAUGGGGAAGGCUUUGGUGAACCCUGUGAAGUUCGUAACGAUCCCUCGUUUAGAGUUAGCCGCGGCCGUGGUGGCUACAAGGCUGAGGGAUCUGAUCGUGAAGGAGUCUGGCCUUCGUUUCAGCAGCUCGUACCUGUGGACUGACAGCACAGUCGUGCUGAAGUACCUUCGUAACAGGACGGCUCGGUUUAAGACUUACGUGGCAAACCGAGUCACUUUCAUUCGAGACAGGACGUCGGUAGAGGAUUGGAAGUACGUCCCGUCUGCUGCCAACCCGGCAGAUGUCGGAUCACGUGGAUCCACUCCAGAGGACUUGGACAUGUGGUUGAAGGGGCCGGACUUCCUUUCAGCGAGCGAGGAGAGCUGGCCGUGUGAGCCGGGGCGGUCAGUUGAUGAUUCUGAUGAUCUAGAGAUCAGACAUCCCUCACCUGCGACUGUUGUUGCAGCGGUCGCUGAGGUUCCUCAGGUGUCGGCUGCAGUGUCGGGUCGCGAGCAGCCGUCGGCGACUGAGAAGCUGCUCAGUCACUUCUCGUCUUGGUACAGACUCAAGAAGGCCGUGGCAUGGUACAUACGUUUCUUUCAGGUGCUCAAAGGGAGACUGCUCUCUCGGGCGCGCGUGAUCCGCGAUCGAGGUCUGCGCGCUCGCGGAGUGGGGUUGGAGACGUCUCUGAGCGUGGACGAUCUAAGGUCUGCUGAGCUGAACAUUCUCAGGUAUGUUCAGGAGACCAGCUUCUCAGAGUUUUAUGAUCGUGGAGGCACGGUAAACGUGAAGUCGAGCUCCCUCAAGGGGCUGAACGUGACGCUGAAGGACGGACUGUUGGUCGUAGGGGCUCACCCGGUGCUGCUGUUGCUCCUGCUGGAGCUGCUGCUGGUGGUGGUGCUGUACCCGUUCUCUGGGCAGGCUGAGCAGGCGGUGGCGGCGGCUCGGCUGCUGGCAGCAGUUCUUCAGGUUCCUCGGGUGCUUGUGACGAUGCCGGAGGCGGUUGCGGCGAGGACGACGGUGCACUUUGCGGUGGUGCACUCAGCGGUGAGCUCCGAGACGGUUGUGGAGCAGCGAUAUCCCAGGAUGCUGGUCGGGUAA